AUGGCUGCUUCUCUACACCCAAAGAUUGUUAAGAAACAUACCAAGAAGUUCAAGCGUCAUCACUCUGACCGUUACCACAGAGUCUCUGAAAACUGGAGAAAGCAAAAGGGUAUUGACUCUGUUGUUAGAAGAAGAUUCAGAGGUAACAUUUCUGAACCAACCAUCGGUUACGGUUCCAACAAGAAGACCAAGUUCAUGGGUCCAGAUGGCCGUAAGGUUGUUCUUGUCUCCAACGUCAAGGGUUUGACCCCAUUGUUGAUGCACACCAAGACCUUCGCCGCUGAAAUCGCUCACAACGUUUCUUCCAAGAACAGAAUUGCUAUCUUGGCUGAAGCUAAGAAGAACGGUAUCAAGGUUACCAACGCUAAGGCUAGAUUGGCUUUGGAAGCUUAA